UUGGGCUGGGAGAUCUGGCUAUAUCUUAAAAUAAAAAAAAUUGUGAUACUUUACUGCAUUUUCUAUUUGUUUGGUUAUUUGCUUUGGUAAAAAUUUCCUUUUUUUACCAAAGUAUUUGUUUUUAAUAGAACGGCAAAUCCAUUGCAUUCUAUAAAAACAAAAGGCUCUGGCUUGGGAGCAGACAGAUAUGGAGGGUGUUAUGGUCAGUGUUUCCCAUGGCCUUAAUAACAUCCAAUCAACUUGGCCUUGAGGAUGAAUAUCUGAUCAAUUCUUUUUACAUCAUCUUCUGCAGAAUAGACAAGUAAAAAAUAAGGAAGUUAAAAAGAGUGCUCGUCAGCGUCUGCUGCUCUGUGCUGUUGAAUAUGUUACUUUCCAGGCAGGAGGAGCGGCAGCUGCAGCUUUGCUGCAUCUAAUGAAAGAUUUUCAUCCUUACCACAAGCAGUUAAUUUUUAAGCAACACAAUCUGAUGUAAGUCUGGGCAUGGCUGCGGCAGAUUUUUCUUUUUUUUUUUACUCCCAAUCCCCCACCCCCUUCUUUUUUUCUUCUUCUUGUCCUUCUCUCAUAGAAUCCCUCCCCAGCACAAACACACACAGAGACUUGUACACACUGGUACAUAAACACGUAGGAUUACGCACACUAAAUCUUUUUGGUGGGGCUCUGAACAGCGAGGCGGCCAUGUUGGAUUGUUGAUCCUGACAGAGAUUAGUGUCUGCAGUGCAGAAAAGGGAAAGUGACAGUGACAGCAAGAGAAACUGCUGACGAGGGCAUGGUGCUUCAUUCCGAGGGAGGAGAUUUCGAUGUUUAAGACGAGGACGAAGACGAGGACGAGGACGGCAGAGGAGUCGGCGCGGAUUUGGACAGGAACGCCAGCGACAUAAACUCGCCGGCGGCGCCCCGAGAGAGUGCAACCACCGCGGCCGCCGCUGUCGCUGCUGCCGCCGCCGCUGCUCCAGAUGAAGAGGCAGAGAUAUCAGAGAGAGUGUCCUGCCGGAAGAAAGGACGGCCCAAGAAGAAGAAGGACACAAAGAAGAAGGAAAAAGAGGGAAAACCUGUCAAAGCAAAGAAACGCAAGAAGAUUGACAGUGAUGUAGAGAGAGACUCGGACAGAGAACGAGACUAUGGCGAGAACUCUGACAGCCUGGCCAGCGACUAUGGCUCUGGGGAGAAGAAAAAGAAGAAGAAACACAAAGAGAAGAAGGAAAGGAAGACCAAGAAGAAGAAGAAAGAUGACGGAGACCGAGACAGCAGUCAGGAGGAAACCACCAAGCAACCGACAGAGCAGAAGAACUCGGCCCAGCUGGCUAAAGAGUGGGGACUGGAGGAUGUUGAUCAUACCUUCACAGAGGAAGACUACAGGGAACUCACCAACUACAAGGCCUUCAGCCAGUUUAUGCGGCCGAUGAUCGCCAAGAAGAACCCGAAGAUCCCCAUGUCAAAGAUGAUGACCAUUUUGGGGGCCAAAUGGAGAGAGUUCAGCUCCAACAACCCCUUCAAGGGCAAUGCCGCUGCGAUUGCAGCUGCUGCUGCGGCCGCUGCCAUUGCCGUCGCCGAGCAGGUCUCAGCUGCGACCGCCUCACCAGAGCCACCUCCUCAGCCGCCACCCAUCAGGAAAGCCAAGACAAAGGAGGGCAAAGGGCCUGGCUACAAGAAGCGCAGUAAAAGUCCCCGAGUCUCAGACAAGAAGAAGGCUCUGGCCAAGGCUAAAAAAAUGGCACCUAUUCGCAUCAAACUGUCACCUAUAGGUGCUAAGAGAAAGAAGAGCUGCUCGAGUGAGGACCUGGAUGAGGAGGAGUCAGAGCAGGAGGACUCCAGCGUUCACAGCUCCUCCGUACGUUCCGACAGCUCCGGUCGCGUCAAGAAAAACAAACGAGGGCGGCCUGCAAAGAAGAAGAAGAAAACCCCAGGUGAGGAGGAGGGUGAGGGCUACGAGACAGACCAUCAGGACUACUGUGAGGUGUGUCAGCAGGGGGGUGAGAUCAUCCUGUGUGACACCUGUCCCAGAGCGUAUCACCUGGUCUGCCUAGAACCUGAGCUAGACAAAGCCCCAGAGGGCAAGUGGAGCUGCCCACACUGUGAGAAAGAAGGCAUCCAGUGGGAAGCAAAGGACGAGGACUUUGAGGACUUUGAAGAGGACAGUGAGGACAGAGUGAUAUCAGAUGUGGGUGUCGGUGUGCCCACAGGCGCAGACGAGGAGGACGAUGACCACAUGGAGUUCUGUCGGGUGUGUAAAGAUGGAGGGGAGCUGCUGUGCUGCGACACCUGCACCUCCUCGUACCACAUCCACUGUCUGAACCCGCCGCUGCCGGAGAUUCCUAACGGAGAGUGGCUGUGUCCACGGUGUAUGUGUCCACCAAUCAAAGGUCGGGUCCAGAAGAUUCUGCACUGGAGAUGGGGAGAACCACCACCUCCCAUCCCUGUUCCUCCACCUCCUGACGCUCCACCAGACGCCCCCCCACCACCACCCAUGAAAGGCCGAGCCGAGAGGGAGUUCUUCGUGAAGCUGGUGGCACAGUCCUACUGGCACUGCACCUGGAUCACUGAGCUCCAGUUGGAAAUCUUCCACUCCGUCAUGUACAGGAACUACCAGAGGAAGACAGACAUGGAUGAACCCCCCAGUCUGGACUACGGUUCUGGAGGGGAAGAUGAGAAUGGAGGUGGGAAGAGUGAGAAGAGAAGAGCCAAGGACCCAGAGUACGCCAUCAUGGAGGACAAGUACUACAAAUAUGGGAUCAAAGCUGAGUGGAUGAUGAUCCACCGCAUCAUCAACCACAGUGUGGACAAGAAGGGGACGUACCACUACCUGGUCAAGUGGAGAGACCUGACCUAUGACCAGUGCACCUGGGAGAGGGACGACAUGGACAUCCCUGACUUUGCUAUUUACAGAGCCAACUACUGGAGGCACAGGGACGCCAUCAUGAAGGAAGAUCCAGACAAACCCAGGAAAAGAAGCAGAAACCAGGAGGGUGAGGAGGAGGAGGAGGAGUCCAACCCUGCCAGCCCCGUCACUGAUCCUACCAUAAAGUACGAGGAGCAGCCAGACUUUGUCACAUCCACCGGAGGAACGCUGCACCUUUACCAGCUGGAGGGUCUGAACUGGCUGAGAUUCUCCUGGGCCCAGGGCACAGACACCAUCCUGGCAGAUGAGAUGGGUCUGGGAAAGACCAUCCAGACCAUUGUCUUUCUCUACUCUCUUUUCAAAGAGGGUCACACUAAAGGCCCGUUCCUGGUCAGCGCCCCGCUCUCUACUAUCAUCAACUGGGAGAGGGAGUUUGAGAUGUGGGCGCCAGACUUCUACGUGGUGACGUACACUGGAGACAAGGACAGCAGAGCCAUCAUCAGAGAGAACGAGUUCUCCUUCGACGACACGGCCGUCAAAGGGGGGAAGAAAGCCUUCAAGAUGAGGAGGGAAGCACCAAUUAAGUUCCACGUGCUGCUGACAUCGUACGAGCUGGUGACCAUCGACCAGACGGCACUCAAGUCCAUCGACUGGGCCUGUCUGGUGGUGGAUGAAGCUCACCGUCUGAAGAACAACCAGUCAAAGUUUUUCAGGCGACUGAACGAUUACAAGAUCGAUCACAAGCUGCUGCUCACAGGAACUCCUCUGCAGAACAACCUGGAGGAGCUGUUUCACCUCCUCAACUUUCUCACACCCAACCGCUUCAAUAACCUCGAGGGAUUCCUGGAAGAGUUUGCUGACAUUUCCAAGGAAGACCAGAUCAAGAAGCUCCACGACCUGCUGGGACCUCACAUGCUGCGAAGGCUGAAGGCCGAUGUCUUCAAGAACAUGCCCGCGAAGACGGAGCUGAUUGUACGGGUGGAGCUGAGCCCCAUGCAGAAGAAAUACUACAAGUUAAUACUGACCAAGAACUUUGAGGCUCUCAACUCCAAGGGUGGAGGAAACCAGGUGUCUUUGCUCAACAUCAUGAUGGACCUGAAGAAGUGCUGCAACCACCCAUACCUCUUCCCUGUGGCCUCCAUGGAAGCCCAGAAAACUCCCAGCGGUGCGUACGAGGGCUCGGCCCUCACUAAGGCUUCUGGGAAACUGAUGCUGUUGCAGAAGAUGCUGAGGAAACUGAAAGAGCAGGGACACAGAGUUCUGGUCUUCUCGCAGAUGACCAAGAUGCUGGACCUGUUGGAGGACUUCCUGGACUACGAAGGGUAUAAAUAUGAGAGAAUCGAUGGAGGCAUCACUGGAGCGCUGAGACAAGAGGCCAUCGACCGAUUUAACGCUCCUGGCGCCUGUCAGUUUUGUUUUUUGCUCUCCACCAGAGCAGGAGGUUUGGGUAUAAACCUGGCCACAGCAGACACCGUCGUCAUCUUUGACUCAGACUGGAACCCUCACAACGACAUUCAGGCCUUCAGUCGAGCCCACAGAAUCGGACAGGCUAACAAGGUGAUGAUCUACCGUUUUGUGACUCGGGCCAGUGUGGAGGAGCGCAUCACCCAGGUGGCCAAGAGAAAGAUGAUGCUGACCCACCUGGUGGUUCGGCCAGGUCUGGGAUCCAAGGCCGGCUCCAUGACCAAACAGGAACUGGACGACAUCCUGAAGUUUGGCACCGAGGAGCUGUUUAAGGACGAGGGAGAAGGAAUGAAAAACAGCACAGGGGAUAAAGUGGAGGACGAGGGCAGCGUGAUUCACUACGACAGCACCGCCAUCGAGAGGCUGCUGGACCGCAGCCAGGAUGCAACGGACGACUCAGACGUCCAGAACAUGAACGAGUACUUGAGCUCCUUCAAGGUGGCUCAGUACAUGGUCCGAGAGGAGGACAAGAUCGAGGAGAUUGAACGUGAGAUCAUCAAACAGGAGGAGAAUGUGGAUCCGGAUUACUGGGAGAAACUGUUGCGACAUCACUACGAGCAGCAGCAGGAGGACCUGGCCAGCAAACUGGGGAAAGGCAAGAGGAACCGCAAACCAGUCAACUACAACGACGCAGCCCAGGAAGACCAAGAGUGGCACGCUGACAUCUCUGACAACCAGUCUGAAUAUUCUGUGGGCUCCGAGGAGGAGGACGACGACUUUGACGAUCGACCUGAAGGUCGACGGCAGUCGCGACGACAGCUGAGGAAUGACAAGGACAAACCUCUGCCUCCUCUUCUGGCCAGAGUGGGAGGAAACCUGGAGGUGCUGGGCUUCAACACACGACAGCGAAAGGCUUUCCUGAACGCAGUGAUGCGCUGGGGGAUGCCAUCUCAGGACGCUUUCUCCUCACACUGGCUGGUGCGAGACCUGAGGAUAAAGACAGAGAGAGAGUUCAAAGCCUACGUCUCUCUCUUCAUGCGACACCUGUGUGAGCCGGUGGCUGACGGGGCUGAGACUUUUGCCGACGGCGUCCCGAGGGAGGGCUUGUGUCGACAACCGGUCCUCACCAGAAUCGGAGUCAUGUCCCUUGUCAAAAAAAAGAUUCAGGAGUUUGAACACAUCAACGGACGCUGGAGUCUCCCAGAGCUCAAACCUGAAGUCAUUGUGGACAAGUCGUCCUCCAGAGCCUCCUCUCCUACAGUAAAGACCACAACAACCACGCCUGACGCCAGCUAUAACAACACACCCUGCACUUCCAAACCAGCUACGCCUGCUCCUGCAGACUCCAAGCAGGAAAAGAAUGGAAAAGAAUUGGAAAAGGGAGAAGGAGAGAAGGAGAAGCAUGAGAACAAGAAGACUGGAGACCCUGAGGAGAUUUCUUCAUCGGCCAAGGAAAAGCCACACGGCGUGUCCCCUGUCCAAAACGAAGAAGGCAGAGAGGAGACGGAGAAGGAGAGAGCUGAGACAGCCGCUGCUCCUACUGCUGCAGAGGAGAAGGAGAAUCGGCAGGAGGAGCCGAGAGAGGAGGCCAAACACAAACCAAAACAGGAUGCAGAGAGUAAAGAGGAGAAAUCAGAAGGAGAUAAGCUGGUGGAGGAGAAAAAGGGGGACAAAGAAAAGCAGGAGGAGGCGUCUACGGAGGUGGAGGUGAAGAAAGCCGAGGAGGUGAAAGGAGAGAAGGAUGCUGGGAAAGAAGCUAAGGCAGCUAGGGAGGAGGUGCCGCCGCCGCCGCCUCCACCUAAGGGUAACGUCGUGAAACCACACAGCGACAGGCCACGCUUCAUGUUCAACAUCGCUGACGGAGGAUUCACAGAGCUGCACACUCUCUGGCAGAACGAGGAGCGUGCUGCCAUCUCCUCGGGGAAGAUGAACGAGAUCUGGCACCGCCGACACGACUUCUGGCUGCUUGCGGGAAUUGUGAUCCAUGGUUAUGCCCGGUGGCAGGACAUUCAGAACGACCCUCAGUUCGCCAUCGUCAACGAGCCUUUCAAGUCCCAGGCCAACAAAGGCAACUUCCUGGAGAUGAAGAACAAGUUCCUGGCUCGGAGGUUCAAGCUCUUGGAGCAGGCUCUGGUCAUCGAGGAGCAGCUACGACGGGCUGCGUACCUGAACAUGACCCAGGACCCCAGCCACCCUGCUAUGGCCCUCAAUGCCCGCUUCGCAGAGGUGGAGUGUCUGGCUGAGUCACACCAGCACCUGAGCAAGGAGUCACUGGCGGGCAACAAGCCGGCAAACGCUGUCCUCCACAAAGUGUUGAACCAGUUGGAGGAGCUGCUGAGCGACAUGAAGGCCGACGUGACACGGCUACCGGCCACACUCUCCCGAGUCCCACCCAUUGCCGCCCGUCUGCAGAUGUCAGAGCGGAGCAUCCUGAGUCGAUUGGCCAGCAAGGGCACGGAGACACACACACCCUCGCCCAUUCCUCCAGGACCUUACGCCACCCCCCAGAACUACGGCGCCCCCUUCACUCCCGCCCCGCCUAGCUCCCUGCAUAUGGGAGGAUCCAACUACAGCCAGAUGCCUCCAGGUUCCUUCAUAUCAGAAGCCGCUGCAACCACCGCUGCUGCUGCUGGGGCCGUAGGGGGAGUCGCAGGAGGGUCACCUAUCACCGUCUUUUGCCAAAAGACCAAGGAGCACGAUUUGGUUCAACGGCAACGGGUAGUGGACCUCUGGAAGGAUGGCAAGUCGGAGGGUGCCAUCGGGCAGGAGCUGAGGAUGCCCAAGUCCACAGUGCACAGCAUCAUCGUCAAGUACCGGCUCAGCAACACGGUGGAGAACCUGCCGCGGAAUGGCCGACCGAAAAAACCGUGACGUUACAGCAAGAGGAAGAGAAGGACAUUUGAAAAAGACCCCUUAUGACGAGUGGAAUGUGAAAGUACAAACGGACACGUGAAGCUCACGGGGGGUGUCGGGGGGCUGGAUAAAUACAGCCAGCAGAAAAAGCAGAAAGGACAGGACCUGAAAAGUGAAAAGAAGAACUGGCAGUGUGAUCCAGCAAAUAAAACAAGCAAUCAAGUGCAGAAGGAAGAAGAGAGAGAAGUCCAAAAUACCAGGGAAGAGGUGAAAAGCUGGCCUGGAGAUCAAGCACUAAUGAUGCGUGGGGGGAAAAUAAGGCCGGGAGAGAGAAAAAAGGAGUGAUGGCCUGUCUGGAACAAACAAAUCCUCCAGCACUGGAGGAAAAAAAGGACCCAAAAAAAUAUGACUUCUUGACUGGACUGAAGACAGAGUGGAAAAAGGCAGCAUGUAAAUGCAAUCAGGAGAACACCAGAAUUCAGAUAUGGAGGUCUAAAUGAAGGAAUAUUUCUAACCCCCCCAUCCCUCGUCCCCUUUUCUCCAUAGUGUGCCAAAAAAAAACACUUUUCCCCCAGGAUCAAUUCCUCAUCCAUCGGCUGACUGAACAAGCCUGCUCCCUCGCUUUGACCCUUCACUCCCUCAUUCCUCCACACAGUUCCUCCUCCACUUCUCCUCACCCCCCGUCUCUCUCUCGUUCUCGUUCUCUUUCUCGGUCUCGGUCAGACUUACAUACACUCCACUCUCUGGACCUCACACAACCUGAAAACCUCACUAAGACGUUAACAGUCUGCGGAGUACGAACAGAUGAGAUCCAGACUCUCCAAAUCAAAAAAAUGGGGACAAUCUGGGAACAGGUUGUCUUUAAAAAGAAAAGAAAAAAGAAAAGAACAGAAGUCUUAAAUCUAAAACACUGCUUGUAGGGACUCUCUUUCUUCCCGCUUAAAUUCCUGAGUCACAUCCAUGUGUAGAAGUCAGAACCAUAAAUGUAUACAAGUAAGGACCAAGGGCCAACAAUCAGUAGCUGUGUUACAGCACCAACGUCUGAUGAGCUGGAGAUGAAGAAGAACUGAACUAUGGGAAAAAAUGUUAUUCUUUUAAACUAUGGCCCAACUGCAAGUGUGAACUGUUUUAUUUGAUAUCAAAUAUAAGCUAACUUAUUACAGAAGAUUCAAGGUGAUCUGUGUUGUAGAGAGUCUAAAGAGCUUGGAGUCCAGAAAUGUUAGUGAAGGACUGAGGUCCUGUCUGGGUCUGAAGUGUGAACAAACACCAGAAUCACUCAAGUCCAGCUCAGGACUGGACUGAGGUUCAAACCAAUGAAAAGUCCAACUUCUGCUGAAGAACCUCCUCCAAGGCCAGGCUGGAGUCUGCUGAGAAGAAGCUGCAGGAGAGACACAGACUGAAGAAGAUCAUCUGGUCUGAGGAGACUGAACCACAAACUCUUUGGUUCGUCCAGAUGUUGUCUAAGGUUGGAGAAAAAAAGGAGAGAAAUAUAGCCCGUAGAACACCGCCCUCACAAUGAAGCAGGAGAACCAAACAUGUUUCAAGAAGUAGAAUAAGUUUAAUCAGAUCAAGUUGGUCAGAUAAAAUCCACAUGGUAAAAAAAAGAACUCUGAAGCAAUAGAGAUUUUCCCUAUGAAUUAAAAAGGAAGGGAGGGCAACAGAUCCCAAAAAAAAA